GCAGUUUGCGUGUUACAAGCGUUUUAAAUGGAUUUCAAUUAAAAGUACGACUACAGACUAAACUACAUUUGGUUACGGUGGCGUCGAGUGGACGCCAACUUCGUAGCCGUAAUCUAAUCAAGCAUCAGCGUCGACUGCGCUGUCUGCUGCACUUUAAACGCGACUGGUCAAGAAAACCAAAAAGCCCGUCCAGAUUAGUUGAAACUUUCUCAAAGACCGCCGUGGGCAGAGCGACGGAGGACGGUGUGGCUAAAUAAACAAUCAAAACGAGACUAAUUGAACAACAAUAACAAAAAUGGUUGCCCAUUCAAAACUAAAUCAGAUAUUUAGCUACCAAAAUUGGGUGCACGCCGUCUCUGGAGCAGCCGGUGGUUGCAUAGCAAUGAGCACAUUCUAUCCGCUGGACACGGUGCGUUCUCGUUUACAGUUGGAGGAAAGCGGCGAGGUGCGCAGCACUCGGCAGGUUAUCAAAGAGAUUGUGCUUAGAGAGGGCGUGGCUUCAUUGUAUCGUGGCCUGGGACCCGUUCUCCAGAGUCUCUGCAUUUCGAAUUUUGUCUAUUUCUACACAUUCCAUGCUCUCAAGGCGGUUGCUUCGAAUGGCUCACCGGCACAUCAAAGCGCCUUUAAGGAUCUGGUGCUGGGCUCCAUAGCUGGCAUCAUAAACGUAUUUACGACCACACCGUUUUGGGUUGUCAAUACACGGCUGCGCAUGCGGGAUGUGGCCGGCACCUCCGAUGAGAUCAACAAGCAUUACAAAAAUCUUUUGGCGGGCCUGAGAUAUGUUGCCAAAACUGAGGGUGUGAAGGGUUUAUGGUCCGGCACCAUACCUUCCCUCAUACUGGUCUCAAAUCCAGCACUACAGUUCAUGAUGUACGAGAUGCUGAAACGAAAUGUGAUGAAAUUCACGGGUGGGGAGGUGGGCAGCUUAGGAUUUUUUGUAAUUGGCGCCAUAGCGAAGGCAUUCGCCACUGUCCUGACCUAUCCACUACAGUUGGUGCAGACGAAACAGCGUCAUCGCAGUAAGGAAGCGAAUGAUGCUUCGACUUCACGCCAGGCGGCAAGUAGGAAGCAAGAUGUUGGCAUGAUGGAAUUAAUGAUCAGCAUACUACAACAUCAGGGUGUGCGUGGAUUGUUCCGUGGCCUGGAGGCCAAAAUAUUGCAGACAGUGCUGACGGCGGCGCUAAUGUUCAUGGCAUAUGAGAAGAUUGCGAGUACUGUGGGUUUGCUUUUGAAACGCAAUGCAUAAGAGGCUGGCGGGUAAUUUUAUAACCUACGUUUAGCUUUAAGGCACGGAUAGGGUAAAAGACACACUACACUCCAAAGUUAGUCAGUAAGUUAUAACAGAGAAGCUGUUGUGUUAAAAAAAGUGAACAAAUAUAUGUAACAAAAUUAUAAGGAA